CGCGUUUCAAAGUUAGUAAACAGCAGACGAGCUAUGUUUUAAGAGAUCUCCAUGACAACCGAGCAAACUCCAUCUGCUGAGGAAGACCAUUGGUGCGGUUGAAAGCUUCGGGGGAAAUUUACAUGAGUCACAUGGUGACUUUUUGUUGACAAGAAGCAUCAGAAUGAUGCAGACGAUGGUCUACUGUACACUCCACCCAGCCUGAGGGACGGGUUCAGAUUCUCCGUCUUUGUUGUCCGAACAAUCAUCUUUCAAACCAUCUGAAAGCACGUCUUCCUUCACUCACACUGCGGUAACUUUCUCUUUGUACCAGGAGUUUGACCUCUGUUCAACAUGGACACUGACUUCAUUCUUAAGCAAGUUCUACACAUGAGACCGUCCUCUUUCUCAGUGAGAGAGCAACAACGCUACAGAGCAGAGAAGAUGCUAAUGAGGCAGUUUAUGCUCAUGAAGCUGCAGUAUCAAAUUCCCAUUUAUUUAUCUGCUAAAGAUAUGGAGAACUGGCUGCUGGCUGCAAGAAGCUUCCUGGAAGAGUUCCAGGAAAUAGCAAAACGGGCAGAGGCGAGAAAGCUCCUUGUGGCUGAAUUGGCCUGGACCUCAGCAAGGCGCCUCUGUCUAAAUCAGAUGGUGCAAGAGCUCCAGGAGGAACUUGAAAAAGAAAAACGCCUUUCACUGCGGCUCAGAAGAAAGGUCACAUUGGAGGGUCUUCAAAUGUUUCUCCCAGUCAUCCACCCCAAAGCAGAGCAGGAUGUACAAACCUUCCUCUGCCACCUGUCCAACAAGCUGCUCAAGUCUUUUGCUGGCUCUAACACCAGCAAGCGAUCCCAACUAGCGCUGCUCGCCAAGCUUCAGCGGACUACUGCACCUUUAGUACCACAGGUGGUGGAAACUGCUCUGAAGUUCUUUCUGGAUGAACCAGAGCCACUUGUUGGGGUCAGGACCUCCCAGACUCAGGAUGCCGACGCAAGCAGGGUCUCCAGUUUGGCCUGUGCUCAGACAAACAGGGUUGAAGCUGCCAGCGCUCAGAUUGGCAAACAGCUGGCUGACGCAGCAGCUACUUGCUUCUGUCUGAAUACAUCUUUUACUAAAGCUUGUCUCCUACGUAUCUGCACGUCAGUGGCCCGGGACAUGGUCAAAGCCAUUUACAAAAGAUUUGUUGACCGCUCCAAAACCUUCCACCUCAUGGAUUUUGAUGAAAGCUUCAUCACUGCUAGAGAGAGCGUCAUCUGUGCCAUCCAGGACAUGGAUGACAGAGUGCUGAGUGCUGCAAUCAGCGGGGCCCGCCAUCGGCUUUUUACUGAGAAGGACCCCAAGACUCCAGAUUUGUGCUGUGUGGUGGCUGCAGAAAGGACUAAUGAAAAGAAAGACCAAGAGCAGGGAGUGCGAGCCUUCUUCAGUCGAAUGUGGAAAAAGAUGAUUCACUGAGUGAAUCACACCAGCUGCUCUCUCUACAGUGGGUUAAACUUGCCCUGAUCUAACUGCCCUGAAACUUCAUCCCAAACUACUUCAAUAAAGUCCGGUUGUCACCAGUGCCACAUCAAACUGGUGAGUUUGGUUUUCCAAGUUAGGGCGAUACAAAUACUUUGUUGAAAUUAGUCACAUUUUUUCUCAUUGUUAUGUUGCAUCCAGAAAUUAUAGACGGCAGAUUAAGUAGUAACACUUGUGCAUGUAUGAAGAGUAUGUAGCUGUUGUGUUGUGAUAGUCUCACUCUCACUGUGUCUCUAGCAUCUUCAGUCUUUGAUUGUAUGAGUUCUUCAUUUUGAGGAGCAGCAACAAGACUCUUUAUGACACAUCCAGCUCAGGUUAUUUGUCUCUUUUUUUGCCUUCAUAAAGAUAUACAGAACACAGAUCAGUUUCUCCCUGUGCCGAAUGAUACAAGAAAAGUCUUUU